AUGGAGCGCCUGCUGACCAUAUUUGAGCAGGCUGAUCCCUUCUCAACCUGGUGGCCCACCAUAGCGGCCCUUGCUGUUGGAAUUGUGAUUACAGUGCGAACCAUAAUGAGCGGCCAGCGCUGUCCCAACGAUAAUCAAAUCAAGGAGCAAAUUGUCGUGGUUACUGGAGGCAACAGCGGCAUUGGCUUUGAGAUUGCCAAGGCGCUGGGGGCGCGGGGAGGUCGCAUUAUCCUUGCCUGUCGCAACAUGAAGGCCGGGGAACGUGCCGCGGCCAUUAUCAAGCGGGAGCUGGGCUGCCACACUCCGACCUCGAGUGGCGACAACAUUAAUCCGGCGGACCGCUACUUCGUGGAGGCACGUCAACUGGAUCUGUGCUCUCUGCGCAGCGUGCAGCAGUUUGCCAGUCGACUGAUGGCCGAAUUUGACCACAUAGAUGUGUUGGUGAACAAUGCGGGUGUUGUGUUUGGCGACACCCGGGUGAACACUGCGGAUGGCUUCGAGCAGCAUUGUCAGGUGAACUAUUUGGCGCCUUUUCUGCUGACACAGCUUUUGCUGCCACACUUCAAACGGUCGGAGCAGGGCAGGAUUGUGUUUGUGUCGGCACACGCCCAUCAGGCGGCCAAAAUCGAUUUCGACGAUCCCCUAAAUGUGGGCACUUGGGCGGUCAAGUUCCAUGCACGCGACGCCUUCGCCCACUCCAAGUUGGCAGUGAUUUUGGCCACACGCUGGCUGGCCAGAGAACUCAAAGAUACCCCGGUUACGGUCAACUGCUGUACGCCUGGACUUGUGAGAGGCACCAGACACCUGCGCAACUCACCACUAAUGUCGGCUAUUUGCGUUAAAGUGAUAACCUACCCAUGGAUGUGGCUAUUUAUGAAGAACGCAUUCGAGGGUGCCCAGAGCGCCAUCCGACUGGCAACGGAUCCCCAGCUGAAGCAAGUAACUGGAGAGUACUUCAAUGACUGCGAAAUUGCGGCAACUUCGGAGGCUGGCCAGGACAAGGAAUUGGCCAAGAAAUUGUACAUGCAAACCAUAAAAACGCUCCAGCGCGUUACCAAACUAACUGUCGACAGGGAGGCGUGCACCAUGGAGACGGAUAAAGAGACGGAGACAGAGACAAAGAACGAGAAAGAGAAAGAGAACGGCAACUGAUUUAUGUUAGGCACGCGGCCUGGCGUAGACGUUGUCUGCAAACUGCAACGUCUAUUUGCAUUUGGUUUAACAAUUGCCGCAUUAAGCAUUCCGGACCAGUACCCCCACACCCCCAUCCUACGUCGGGCAAACAAGCCCCCAGCUUGGCCCCGCCCCAUUUUGAGGGCCUGAAACUGAAGCUGAGACUGCCUCUGACUUUACCUCUUAGAAACAUAUGUAAAUUUAAUGUGCGAGCAGCCGGAAUUUGCUGAUUUUGUCUUUUAUUUUAUUUCAUUUCAUUGUAAAUUAUUUUCUCAAAAGGGAAAACUCAUGAACCCGUCAUAAGCACAGAUUUACGAGGCGCGGUCAAUUAGAAAAUCACCAUAUGUUAACUUACUUUCUGUAUUCUUUGUGUUACCCUUUGAAAUAACGUUUUAUGAAUUUAUUCAAAGCAUUUCAGAGGUUCAACACGGCGAACAGCAGACUUUAAUUUAAAUAUAUGAAAUACAUAUUUUAAGAUAUACAUAUCUGCAAUAAAAGCAUAUGGGAAUAUUAUUUAUUUGGGUAAAUAAAAAAAAGGGCGCGUUCAGCAAGAAAAUUGUUACUCAUCAAAUUUUAGAUUCCCCCAAAUGAAUGUCAAAAAUUAAAACUAAGAA